AUGGGUACUAUACUGUCUUCUCCUACUCAAGCAGAGCCUCCAAAUCAAUUGAAAAUUACUGAUCUUGCUGAAGUACUUGAUUUACUCAGCAGACAUGGUUACUCUGGAAUCAGCUUUUAUAAUCUUGGUCUUUAUCUUGGUCUAUCCCCUGCUACACUGGAUGUUAUUACAAGGAAUAGCAGAGAUGACGUUUUAGUGUGUCUGCGUGAGUGUCUUAAAGCGUGGCUAAAAAAAUCUGAUGAUGUAGUGAAGAAAGGUGGUCCAACAGUCUUUUCAUUGGUAUCAGCAUUGAGAAAGCUAGAAGAGAAUGUAGCAGCUGAAGGAAUAUUGGUCAUGGAAAAGCAUCCUGCUUGUAAAAUUCUUGCUCAUACCUCAAACCAAUCUCUUGUGUCUGCAUUACCUCAGAUGGCUCCAUUGUUGCAUUCAGAGAUGCAUAUAAAUGAGACUGUGUGUGUUAAAAAGGAAGAGAAUAUGCUUUUGAUUGAAAUUGUGAAAGCUGUUUGCAUUGAUUCUAAUAAGCUGAAGGUGUUUGCUGGAAUAUUACAGCAGUAUUCAGCCACAAUACAGAUAGGAAACACUAUCAUGAGAGAAUUCAGAAAAGUUUAUUAUUGUAGUGAAAGCAAACCAGAUGACAAUGCUAAACAAGAUGAAAUUUAUCUUCCACCAUUCAUAACCUCAAAGUUUAAAUCGAUGCGAGUGAAGCUUUCUUUCACAUUUGAUAAAGCUGAAUUGAUCAUAGAAGCAUGUCCUCCUUCAACACUUGACAAAAUAAAAAAUGCAUUGAGGUAUUACAGUGAAGAUUUAAAGCCUCAAGUAGCUCAGUGCCAAAGCAUUCAUGACAUUUUAGAUUUGGUUAGAAGAAAUUGUUCACUAGAUGACAUAGAAAUGCUGAAGGCUAUUGUUAAUGAGCUCAAUAUAGAUGAGGCUAAGGUAGUCGUUCAGGAAUAUAGUGAGGCUAUAGAAGAGUUUAGUAAAACUGAACUUAGUAAAUGCCUGAAUGAAAAGUUUUCAUAUGCUUCCCCACUUCAAUGUGAAAGGAUUACCAUUGUCGUUGAUCAAAAUACCGACGACUGUACGUUGAAUGAUGUCAGGAGAUUAUCAGCUAAUACCUUUCACAAAUUAUCACCACAAAAUAGCAGACACAUCAAGUUGAAUGUCAUUAGAGAUGGUGAUUCCUUUACAAUCACUUGUUCCUUCCCUUUGAUUUUAUCUGAGCAGUUAAUUACAGCUGCUCUUAAUAAUAUUGAUGUAUUGAAAGAAAACAAAGUGAAGAGAUUAACCAUUGGAUACUGCACUGUGUAUGAGGUAAAGGACACCUCCAGUCCUGCUACAACAGAAAUAGAUGAAUGCACCUCAUCAUUAUCAACUAGUAGUGGUUUAAUGAAACAAUUGAUGCUGUCAUUGAGUGUACAACUGAUUAAUAGUACAGAGGAGGUUACUACUUUAAAUGAGGAAAGUAUGACAAUGAAGAAAGAAGCAGAGUCAUUGAAGGAAACACAAGACACUAAACAUAAGAUGCUGACUGCCAGUAUAGCAGAGAGUGAGAGGUUUAAAAAAAUAGCAGCUGAUACUAGUCAGUUACUAAAAGAAAAAAUAUCACUACUAACAGAACGUGAAGAAGAGAAUGAGAAUUUGAAAGAAAUAAAAGAAAUUUUAGAAGAGCAGCUUGCUUUAUUUCAAUCAGAGAAAGACGAAAUCAAACAGUCAGAAAGUGGGUCAAUUGUAGAUCUAGGCACAAUUGAAAAGCAUGAUAGAGCAUCUCAUCAGGAAGAGAAUGAGGCAAUACAAUGGAGAAUGGCAUUUGAAAUUGAAAGUUUAAAAGGAGAAUUAAAACAAAAAAAUGAUAAAAUCGAUGAAGUACAAGGUCAGUCCAUUGACUAG